CGUAGAAUACAUACAAACGUCAUGUGCCUGCCGACUCGAGCUCAAUGGGCCAAUAGUCCAUUCUCAUUAAUGCAAGCGAGAGAGAAUUGAAAGAACUUGGUUGUCCGCACAUAUAUUCCACAUAUUUUUCUUCCUGCAAGUACGGAGCUCGCUCCUGCUUAAGCAUAAUGGAAGGCGACCCAAUUUCAAAGCUAUGCACGCCCGCCAUGGUGGUGGAUGUAGACAUCGUGAAGAGAAAUGCUCAGAGGAUGGUCGAUCGCUAUCAGGAUCUGGGAGUGAAGCUGAGGCCGCAUAUGAAGACCCAUAAAACCCUGGAGUGCGGGGACAUUAUGACCGGGGGUUCUCGGCGGUGUGUGGUGGUCUCCACCCUGGCAGAAGCCUCCUUCUACGCCGACCAUGGGUUCGAUGAUAUCCUCUAUGCUUACCCCCUUCCAUUUGAUAAGCUGGAGCGCUGUGCAGCCCUGUCGGAGAGGCUCAGUCUGUUCCAGGUCCUGCUGGACCACCCCCAGGCCCUGGAGCUGCUCAGCAAGAGGCCCCUGAGGGCCGGACGCCCCUGGCACGUCUGGCUCAAACUGGACUGUGGCAACGGGAGAGCCGGUGUCUUGCACUCCGAACCAGAAGCUCUCCAAUUGGCUCAGGCCAUCGCCAAGACGGAGGGGGUGGAGCUUACCGGUGUGUACGCACACUGUGGGAACUCUUAUCACUGCAAAGGGGUGGAGAAAAUACAAGCGGUCGCCCAGGAAACGACCACUUUAACACUACAGUUCAUGGAAAAACUGAGAGCCGCUGGCAUCAACUGCAAGUCCAGCAUUGGCUCCACCCCCUCCUGUAGCCAUCCAAUCAAAGACAUGGGCCAGCUCAGUGAGGUUCACCCAGGAAACUACGUCUUCUACGAUGUGCAGCAGUCGCUGAUCGGCUCGUGCAGUAUGGAGGAUGUUGCUGUGCGGGUUUUGACCAGAGUCAUCGGACACUGUCCUCACAGGAACCAGCUGCUGGUGGACUGCGGGUGGGCGGCUCUCAGUCAGGACGGAGCAGGAAGGCUGCCCUCUGGAUACGCUGUGAUUGAAGGACAUCCAGACCUCAAGUUGCUGUCCAUGACCCAGGAGCAUGGCAGAGUAGAGCCAAUCACAGGGGAGCUGGACUACAGCAAAUACCCCCUGGGCUCCCUGCUCAAACUGGUUCCAUACCACUCUUGUGCCACAGCCAUGAUGCAUAGCGUGUACCACGUCCACUCUGGUGGGCGUCUGGUAGGGAAGUGGUUCCCCACCCGUGGAUGGUGAUUGGCUGUCUUACCUCAGACUCAACGGAUUAUAACAACCUGUUAUAGUGGUUACCAGCAGUAUACUAGGAGUCAAGUGUUGCAAUCACAUUUAUAACAAUUGUUUUAUUACUAAUCGUUAUUUUACUAUUUGGGUACUGAAAAUAAAAUAAUAUUUUAAAAUGUG